AUGCGCAUAUGUUUCCCCCCUGCCUCUUCAAUGGGCUGUCUGCUGCAGGCGGUGGAGGCGAGCCUGGAGCGCGUGUGCAAGUGCCACGGCGUGUCGGGGGCGUGCUCGGUGCAGACGUGCUGGCGCGCUCUGCCGGCGUCGCUGGCGGCCGGCGCGGGCGCGCGCCUGCUCAGGGCCUUCGAGGCGGCGGCGGGCGCGGUGCGCGGGCGGCGCGUGGGCGCCACGGGCCGCCUGCUGCUGGCGCCGCCGCGCGGCCAGCGGGAGCUCGCCUUCGUCGCCGCCAGCCCCGACUACUGCGAGCCCGACCGCCGCGCCGGCUCGCUCGGCACGCACGGACGAAAUUCCUGGGCAACCAAAAGAAAGAGACAUAAAAUGGACCUUCGACUUGGAAAUAUCUUCCUAGCAAAUGAGUCCCGUCCAACUUCAAAGCACGACUCUGAAGAAAGCUGUAAAAAUCUAUUAAGAGAACUACGUGGAACACACUUUUUUGUUCUUUGGUACUUGUAUGUGUUUCCGUUCAUGUUAUGUGUAAUGUGGGUCAAAAGAAAGUCAGAAUGGUAUGAUGAUAUGAACACAACUAUUUAAUGAACAAGGACUAUUAUCGCAGGACCACAAUAAAGGGAUAGUAAAAAUGAUUCAAAAGCGAGUGUGAGUUAUUAUUUUAGAAUUAAAACGUAAUUA